GCGCCCCCCGCUGGCCGGGCCGGGCGGAGACUGGGGAUCGGGUGGGGCCACCGGCGUUCGCGCGGUGCCGCUUGGGUCCCUGAGCCAGUCGGUACGCUGCGGGAAUGCGCACUCUCCCAUCGGCCCAGAGCCCUGCCCUCCCCGCGCAGGGCCCACGUUUUCCGAGAAUCCAAAACGGCCUCCAAGUGUUAGCGCCGAGCGCUCCCGGCCGCACCCCGCGAGGGAAUCCUCCGCAGGCCGGGACUGGGGGCGCCGUCAGUCAGUAUUGGGGCUACGCAGGCUCUGGCCCUGGCCCUGGCUGGGGGCCCAGUUCUCUGCAGCCUUGCACGCCGGCAGGCACGGCUCCCGGCUCGGGGGCUGCUGGCUGCCCUUCCCUAAUUGGGAUUCUCGGCCUCUCGGAGGCCCCGGCUGCGGACUGGGGCUUCCAGCGGGAGGCUGGGCCGCGGGGCUCGGGAGCCUUCCCGGGCUGGCAAGGCGCAUUGGACCGAGGGCGGGGCGAUGCGCCCGGGGCCCGAGCCGGACCAGCUGCGCCUACCUCCGGGGCAGGCUCAGUGGGAACCGUGCGCCUGGCGGCUCCACCCUUCUCCCGGGCCGCUGCCACGCCCUCCAGGACAUCUUGUAAAGGGAUUAGCACUUUUUUCCUUUGCUCCUCUUGCCCCGAGGGCCCUUGCUUACCCCUAAACUCAGAGUCGGGCGCCACCAGGUCCGGGGGAGCCCGGGGCACAGGCGGUCCCGGCAGUCAGCCUUCGAUUCCCGCUCCAUCCCCAUCCCCCUUUGUCCGCGGUGGAUGCGGCGCCGGUUCUCAACCCGCAGGGCCUGGGGCCGGGCCUCGGUCUCUUUUCCCCGUGGCAGCCCCAGGCCCUGUGGGGCAGGGAAGGGGCCCCGCGAUCUCCCAGGCAGGUCCGAGAGGGAUGUGUAGAUUCAUUCUCCCGUGGAGAACAGGUGGCCCCGAGAUCAGGCCCUUUUUUGCUCUUUGUAUUUUAUUUUGAAACUGUAUUUAAUGCUUUUAUAUGAAAGGGGGAGGGGCGGGGACAGAGGACCCAGUCACCCUUAUGUGCAAAUGUCUUAUUUAUUAUGCGUGUAUCAGAGAUAAGCUGUGAGAGGUGGUGGAGGGAGGACCUGAAGGAAGGAGGAGCGAGGGCAGAGGCGGGGACGGGAGGACCCCAACUAGCUGUGCUGAUGUUACUCUUGCUGGGAGACCCCGGGCCCUACUGUCUGCUCUUCACAAAGCCAGGCUGCUGCAGGGACAGUUCCCUCGGUCCUAAAGUCGGGGCGGGGAGGCUAGUGGGUGGAACUUGAGGGUUAGGUCUGGAGAAAGAGAUGCCCUGGCAGCGGGGGCCAGCCCCUGCUUCGGGGUGGGAAAGCAAAGGGCAAAGAGGAGGUCCCUCCUCUCACUCCUGACCCCCAGGCCAGAACCCAAGGUUCAAGUGCCUCAGGCCCAGUCCCCUUGACUCUUCCUGUUUGGGAGUUGGAUUUUAUACCACGGAUUUUAUAGCAUUUUUAUAUAAUUCAAGAUUGUCAGAAUUGGAAAGGGCCCUGAGAUCACUAGUACCACCCUCCUCCCCUUCACAGAUAGGUAAAUUGGAGCCCAGGAACCCAGAUGGCCAUACAGCCAGGUAGGCACAGUAGAAGAACUAGAAUGAAAAUUCUAGCUCCCGACUCAGUGUUCUUUACCCGAUACCAGGCUGCUUCCCAAUUCACUGGUUAUUAAAAUUUAUCAGGCCUGCCGAAGGAUUGACAUGCUGGGCACUGCAGGCCACCACAGUGGAUAUAUGACUCCUGAAGGUGGCAAAGCCCUGCACACUGCUUUGGGAUGAGCACGCUGAGCUCUGCAAGGCCUCAGCUGGAAGGCGCCGUGGGCUCGGCCUUCCUCUCCCCAGCAGAACUCGAGGCGGGGCGCUGCCACCGGGCCCAAGGCCUCCUCGGCAGGGGGCUUUGUUCUUUUUGUUGUGGAGGCCACCAGGGAUUCAGGAAGAUCCUGAAUGGGUUGUCAGUUGACUGAAAAGUAAAUUCCCAGUGAGUUUGAACCUCCAGGGUUUUGGGGACAGUAUUAAAAGCUUGAGAACGGAGAUUAUGGAUGGCACCAGGCUGUGCACUGCCAUUCUUUUACUUUCCUUCAUGUAUUUUUUCAGAUCCAGAGUAUUAACACCCUCAAUAUUACUCUGCCUGCUCAAAAACAGUAGGUAAAUUGGGGCAACCAAUUUAUAAUCACUCAAGCCCACUGCCAAAGUUCAGAUAAGCCAGGGCGGAGGAGUUAGAGGUUUUCCCCCCUCCACAGGCAGGGAGAGGCCUCAGGAGGAGAGUGGACAUGUUUACUGAGACAGCCCCAAACACACCAGCUCAAAGUGUGUCUCAGAGCAGCAGCAUCACCUUAGGAAUCUGCCAGAAGUAAAAAUUCUUGGGCCAUACCCUAGGGUUACUGAAUCAGAAACUUGGUUGGGGCCUAGCAGUCUGUUUUCAUGAGCCCUUCACUGAUCUUAAUGCAGCUGAAGUGCUGGGCACCCGUGAUGGGGAAGGGCUGCGGUCGUGAUUCCGGUGAUUUCUGCUUUGUUGGAAGUUACGGCCUCACAGGUUAGAGGCUGCAAGUUGAGUUGGCCUUCUUGCCUAGGUGUGCCUCCUUGCCUUGGGAUUCUGACAUGAACAGGUGAAGUCUCCAUGAUUUUUUUUUUUUGUUAAUGGUAUGCUUGCUAUUAUGGCCAAUAUGUAAAUGUUACUCUGAAUACAUAUUUAUAUACCAUGUUACUUAGUGACAUUAUUCAGACAUUUGUAUGCGUAUUUGUGAAGUUGUUUGCAUCAGUCAUUUAAAGAAUAUUUCAGCCUAAGUUUUCUAAGAGGUAUGUUGAAUACAUUUUUAAAAGCCAGCUUAAGGGUCACAGCAGCCUUAGUUUAGGAGAAGAGCUAAUCACAGGUGACCACUCAAGUUUUUUCAAUGAAGACCUGAUGAUGUAUUUAGUUCCCAUUUUCCAUGGUGAUUGACUCAAUUUAAGUGCAUUGUGGCUAUAUGUAAUUUACAGGCUGCUUUACGUUGCAGGUGGGGAAAUCUCCUAGGCUGGUGUGAGGCCGAUCUGGGAUAAAAGACCCCCUGACCCCUCCUCAUUCUAAGGUCACCACCUCUUAGAGGGUCUCUUAUUUUCUUUCGGAGAUCAAAUGCACAGUUAUGCUCUACAACUAAAUUCUGCAGUCUUGGGAAUCCUUACGAUUAUCAACUGUUAGUCACUUUUUAAAGCCCCCAAAGUGGAGUGAGGAUAGGGGGAGUGGAAGCAGUGUUUGGUUCUUACUUUACCCAAACUGUGUAUAAAGAAUAAAGUUAGCAGAAUGAUGCCACA